CAGUUGCGACUGGUACACUCUCGAGUACGUCAAGUAGUACCGGAGCAGCGGUACGACCGUCGAUCAUUCGCAGGUUUUUUUUUCAUUAAAGAAAGCGAUACGAAUCAUGGAGUACGGGUGGUUGCGGGGUUUGGUGUACGUCGCGGCUAUUUGCAGCGUCGCCGCGACGGACAACAGCGAAGGGCAAGACGAGUCCGACACCUACAUGGAACCUUUGGACGAUCACGAACCGUCUUCUACGAACCUCCACGGUAACGGGCAGUGGUUCCCUUCCUUUGCUCGAUUCGAUCAGCCGCCGCUCGGUCACUCGAGGCCUUUCUUCAAUACGUUCCAGCAGCAAGAGGGCGCUUUCAGUCAGCGAUCGGAACCGCCGUACCAGCAGCAGGUGGACAAAGAAGUUCUCCCCCAACAACAGCCUCAGGAACGUGUCGACGCUGCCGCGUCUAUCUUGGGCGACGGCAACUUUGGAGUAAUCGAAGGCGGUACUUUCUACCCUCAAAAAGACGGCUACGACUCUGAAGGAGGUUUCGACGACUACAGCACGUACUUCCACAAUGGACACGGCAGACCUUCGUUCGUGUACGGUCGAAAACCCAACCCGAAGGCUUACACUCACAAGCAGUUCGAGAACUUUCGGGAUUUCGCUGACAUAAACACCACACCGGAUAGGCAGUACUCCCAGUACGUCGUCGUGUACACAAACAAGAACGGCGAGGAGCAACUGGCGAAGCAGCCCAAACAGCCCAAGAAUAUCAUCGAAAGCUUGGCGAUGUUGGAAGAAGAAGCAACUAAAGGAGCCGCGCCAGUACCUACGAAGAAGCUGUCAAAGUCGAAGAUGAAACUCGCGCUGCUGCUUCCCGAGAAGAAGCACCGGGCCAGACUGCUGAAGAAGGAAAAGGAGACCAGCGAGCCGCUGUUAGCGCUGAGCUGAGAUCACGACGGGGUGAGUUAGAGGUUUCAAACAGGUACUGGAUGUGGGAAGAAUUUGUGUUUUUCAAACUCCAGUUUUUUGGGGUCGUUAAAAAAAUAUUAAGGGUUAAGUUUGGACGUACCGAAUUGCAUUUUGUUUAUUCUACGGUUCGACGUUAGUGUAACUAUCAAACUCACUUUUAUUUUUGUCCAUUUACCAAAUUUGUUUUGAAAGAAAUAAAUUAAUACACGUUCUAUAAUAGAAAAUUAGUUACGGGUUACCGUGAUUUUAUUUUUGUUGAAAAAUUAUUUUUCCUUUUUUUUUAAGAAGCAUUCUUAUUAUUGAAUAGAAAUGAUGAAGAUUUUUCAAAUCUAUGUUGCUUUAAAUCGCGCAAAUGUAGUGGUCAUAAGAUCGGCCAUCGUAAUACCCUCUAUAAACCUGAUGAAUUUAUAAGCACCCACCCUUAUCCCCAAUGUCUUGGAUAUUUUCAUUGUUAUUUGUGCCUAGGCACACGUCGCAAACUAUAGCGUAGAAAAAAGCGUUUGCUUCCUAGUUUUAGUUAGCCUAGUUAUUACGGAGAAAGAAAAUUGUUGUUUUUUUUAUAUUCAGAUUUUAUCGGUAGACAUCUAAUUUACAUUACGAAUGAAUAAUUACCUCCAAGUUUGUAUUAGCGAUGAGUUUUUUUGACUGAAUUUUAGGCUAAGUACUCUUAGUUUUAAGUAAAUAAUUUCUCUCGUCCCGCAUGUAUGAAAUCAACCCUAUUUUUGUAAAAAUAAAUGAUAUUUUA